AUGAUGAGCGCACGUCUUCUCUCGGUUGUGCUGUGCCGGUUUCUCAAAGCUAUAAGCUCGCAGAGCGGCUUGGCAAUCAUCCUGUCGAAGCGGCUCCGCAACAAGAUCGCCGGAUUCACCACUCACCUGAUGAAGCGCAUCCAGAGAGGGCCAGUGCGCGGAACCUCUCUGAAGCUGCAGGAGGAGCGCGAGAGGCGCAGGGACUUCGUGCCGGAGGAGUCAGCGAUCAAGACUGUCGUGAUCAAGGUGGAUAGGGAGACGAUCGAGCUGUUGGCUCACCUGAACAUACCUCAGCUGCCGGGAGAGGUGCAGUAGGCAGCCCCUACCGCAGGAGGAGGGUUCUUCAAGCCCCAGGGGGAAGGAUACCAAGGCAACAGGAACAUGAAUUAGAUGAUAGCGAGAGGUUUGAUCAUGUAGCCAGGUUCUGUGCAUGCUGGAUGCAGCUCCUUUUUCAUUGUUUGAAGACCAUGUAGUUUACCCCCCUACAUCAUUCAACUUGGCCCUGGGCAGAAAAUUCCCA